AUGGGAUACGUGGGAGGCCUCUGGCCUUGGGUGCUGAGUCUACUUUCCUUGGCAGGUUUGAUCCUAGGAGCGCCCUUCACCUCCAGCUGCCCAGGAGGAGCCUGUGGUACCAGCUUCCCAGAAGGCCUCACCCCUGAUGGGACCCAGGUGUCCUGGGAUGAGGACAUCCCUGCGAUUAACCAAGGGCUCAUCCCAGAGGAAAACCCAGACAGCAGCUUCCUUGUGGAGGGGGACAUUGUCCGGCCGAGUCCCUUCCGAGUGUCAGCGACCAGCAAUAAGUGGCCCAAGAGCGCUGGUGGUCUUGUGGAGGUCCCCUUCCUGCUCUCCAGCAAGUACGACAAGCCCAGCCGCGAAGUCAUCCUGGAGGCAUUUGCUGAGUUUGAACGUCUCACGUGCAUCAGGUUUGUGGCCUACCAGGGCCAGAGAGACUUCAUUUCUAUCAUCCCCAUGUAUGGGUGUUUCUCCAGCGUGGGGCGCAGUGGUGGGAUGCAGGUGGUGUCCCUGGCACCUGCCUGUCUCCAGAAGGGCCGGGGCAUCGUCCUGCAUGAGCUCAUGCACGUGCUGGGCUUCUGGCAUGAGCAUGCACGGGCUGAUCGGGACCACUACAUCCGUGUCGACUGGAACGAGAUCCUCCCAGGCUUUGAAAUCAACUUCAUCAAAUCUCAGAGCAGCAACAUGCUGGCACCCUACGACUACUCCUCAGUGCUGCACUAUGGGAGGUUUGCCUUCAGCCGGCGAGGGCUGCCCACCAUCAUACCACUGUGGGCCCCCAGUGUUCACAUUGGCCAGAGAUGGAACCUGAGUGCCUCGGACAUCACACGGGUCCUCAGGCUCUACGACUGCAACCCUAGUGGCCCCAUCCCCCAUGGGAGAGGGUUCCAGGCCUACAGCAGUGAUAGGAGCCCUGUUUCUGUCUCCAGACCAUACCUGCAGCGGCUUCUGGAGGCGUUGUCGGCAGAAUCCAAGAGCUCCGACCCUAGUGGCCCUGGGGCUGGAGGGCAGCGUGUUCCAGCAGGGUUUGGAGAGAGCCCACAUAAGUGGGGGCCCCCCACCCUGGGGAAGUUCAGUAUGGAGGCCUUGGCAAGGCCACCUCAGACUCUAGUUUCCUCUGCAAGGUCAAAGCCUGGAACAGACAUUCCUGGCAUUGCUCCGGAGCAGUCCUGGCCAGUCCAAGAGCCCACUGUGCCCCCAGCCCCAGCUCCCCAGGCAGGAGAGCAGCCCGCACCCAUUCAGGCUGCUCUGGGGAGCCUGUCUGUGCUAGGAGGCUGUGCACCUGAAAGUCGCUUCAGGGAGAUGCCCAGAGACUGA